GGGCCUCGGCGGUAGUGCCGCCGUUGCGGGUCAGCCACCCAGCCUUCCGCAGUGGGGGCGGGCAGGCCGGGGGAAGGGCCGGGCCCCGCCGCCGCGCUGGGCGAUGGAGUGAGGGAGCGCUGCGCGGCAGCGGGAAGAUGGCCGGUGGCGGCGGCGGCGGCUGCAGAGACAGCUUGUUUCUGGAAGCUUUGGAUAGAUCACAGUCCAAGAGAGAUGGAGGUUUUAAAAGUAAUUGGAGCUUUGAUCAUGCAGAAGAAAGUGAAGGAGAUGCAGAGAAAGACGAGGCAAAUCUGCUCAGUUUAGAUGACAGUGAUGGGUCUUUCAGUCCCAGUGAAGAAAAAAAGUCAGUUCGUUGUCGACCUGGAACUAUCGGCGGCAGCAGCGAUGCCAUAAAAGCAUACACAAGGCGAGGCAAAGCUGGAGGUUUCAAACUUCUAAAAGGGAACGCAAUCGGCCUCAACAUGAUGGGAAAUAGCAAGAAACUGAGUGAAAAUGCUCAGAAUAUAUCUGGUCCUGUAACUGUGGUACAUGGCAGACGUUUUCACCACGCACACGCACAAACAACCGUAGUAAAAACAGCAGCCCAAAGCAAUCUGGACCGAAAGGAAAGAAAAGAAUACCCACCUCAGCUUCAGAAAGUGGAGGCAGACCACAUUAGAUUACCACGGUCUCAAGGAGUGGACAGUGUAAUGGAGAACACAGAUGACUCAGAAUCAGAAUCUGAUGUUAAAAGAAAGGUGCGACAGAAAGGUCAUUGCAAUUCAUAUCAAUCUGACUUGAGUCCAUCUUCUGCUACAAAAAAAUGCUUAACUCAGUCAAAGCUUUUGGAACAGGUUGAUUAUUCUACUGAAUGCCCAAAUUGUGGGAGGGCAAAUGAAAAUCAGACCAAAUGCCGACAUUGUGAAAGUGCUUCUCUAAAGGAUUUGCAAAGAGUCUCCAGACAAACUGUAACGUUGAGUGAAUCUGUGGGACCUUUAUCACGUUCUUCAAUACAUCAGAAUUCAGCAGGGCAAAAAUCUUCAGGUACAGGGUUCAGCACGAAGAAGUUUUAUAGUUCUGCUGUUGGAAAAGGUCCAGCGGAUAUUCUACUGAGUAAUGAGGUUGUAGGACAUUCUAUGUUACGACAGAAUGGAAAAAUUGGUCUUAUAACUGGCACAAAAAAUCCUAAAAUUACAGGCGGCUUAAGACAGAGGAGUACAAGACCAUCUGAAUUAAAUGAUCCAAUUGUUUUGUCUAGUGAUGAGGAGGAGGAGAAUAGUGGCAGCACUAGGAGCAUGGAAAUCAUUUCACCUGGUCUUGCAGAUUCAGCCCACUCCUCCCUAUCUCCUUCUACAGGAAAGGUGGAAGCAGCAUUAAAGGAAAACAGUUGUGGAAUAGAACAGAGAAUAGUUGUUUUGUCUAGUGAUGAUGAUGAGGACGAGAAUAGUGGCAGCACUAGGAGCAUGGAAAGCAUUUCACCUCGUCCUGCAGAUUCAGCCCGCUCCUCCCCAGCUCCUUCUACAGGAAAGGUGGAAGCAGCAUUAAAGGAGAACAGUUGUGGAAUAGAACAGAGAAUAGGUAGUAUAACAACAGAUACAGAAAUUGCAGUCACACUACCAAGAAAAGCAAGAAUGAAAGAUCAGUUUGGGAACAUUGUGUCUAACACUCCAAUAAAACGGCGCAAAGUUAUUUCUCAAGAGAUGGUAACCGAGGCUGUACCUCUAAAUUACCAAAACUCCUGUGAAAGUGUCAUUCUGAACUGCCGAAGCAUACGAAUAGGAAUGCUGCGCAGAAUGGUCGUGGAGCCUGUGAUUUUUUGCUUGGAUUAUAUCAAAAUACGCCUGGAGAGUCAAGAAGAAUCAGAAAGUGAUAUCAGAGAGAUUAACCUGAAAACUUCAGAGCUUACUAAAUGUGAAUGGUGUAGUGUCCGAAAAUUGCCAGUAGUUUUCCUACAAACAGUACCUUCAACCUGUAGCAGUCUGAGAGAUCAACUGAAAAUGAGUAAAGAUAAUGUCUGGUACGAAUGCAAAGGAGACAGUCAGGAAGAGCAGUAUAUAAUUUUAAUUUUUGAAACUGGUCUUGAUCCUCAUGCAAAUUCAAUAUUUGAAAAAAUAAUUAUGGACAUUGGUAUUAGAAAUAACAUUUCUGACUUCUUUGUGAAAAUUUCCUUUGAAGAAGCCAAUGCCAGGCUUGUUGCAUUUACUAAGUGCUUGGAGGACAAUUCCAAAGGAAGCCCAUCUCACAGAGAAAGCAAAAUAAAAAAUGUUGCUUCUGAGUCCAAAAUGCAGCAACGAAAUAAACAGUUACCAUUUUUUGAUGAUGAUGAAGAAAUUGGUGAACCACAUACAGUAUUUAUUGGUCCUAUAGAAAAGUUGAUAGUUUAUCCGCCUUCUCCAGCUAAAGGUGGUAUUUCUGUGACCAACGAAGACCUCCAUUGUCUAAAUGAAGGAGAAUUUUUAAAUGAUGUUAUUAUUGAUUUUUAUUUAAAGUAUUUGGUACUUGAAAAGCUGAAAAAAGAAGAUGCUGAUAGAAUACAUGUGUUCAGUUCAUUCUUCUAUAAACGCCUUAAUCAAAGAGAAAGAAGAAAUAUUCAUGAAACUUCAAACCAGACAAUACAACAGAAGCGACAUGGCCGAGUAAAAACGUGGACACGACAUGUUGAUAUUUUUGAGAAAGAUUUCAUUUUUGUUCCCCUUAAUGAAGCCGCCCACUGGUUUUUGGCUGUUAUCUGUUUCCCUGGUUUAGAAAAACCCAAAUAUGAACCAAAUCCCCAUUUCCAUGAAAAUGCUGCAAUGCCGAUGAAAUGUUCCUCUUCAGAUGGAGAGAGCAGCACACCAUCUCCUUUGCCAAAUGAAUUAGAUGCACAAAACUCGCCUUCCAAGUCUACAGCAAAGAAGACAUUUACCAAAAAGUACAGUACAGCUUUAACCGACCCAAACACUGAAAUAGAGGACAGUGAAUCUUCGUGUUGUAGAAGAAGUCCUUGUAGGGUGAAAAGUGCUUUCAAAAAACUGAAUCAAACAGACAGUGAUGUGGAAGAACCUAACACUGUGGAAUCAGCAUGCCAUAAACUAGACCAUAGAACUCUGGAUGAAAACGGUAUACAGGGUGAAUUCACAGCUGCUAGCCAAUCUAUGGGGAGGCUUUCUCAGUUCAUUGCUGGUGUGGAGGCUGAGCUCACCAAGCUGCAACAGAGUUUGUACCCAAGUGAACAAAGGAGCUGGCAUACUUUUAAAGAUGGAUUGCACAAAAUCAGACUAAACUAUAGUGAAGACUCAGCUGAUGGCAGUAAACUAAAUGAAGAUGAGCUUAUAGAUUUUUCUGAAGACCAAGAUAACCAGGAAGACAGUAGUGAUGAUGGUGGCCUUGUAGAUGAUAACUGUAAUUCAGAAAUGGGACAGUGGCACCUGAAGCCAACUAUCUGCAAACAGCCCUGCAUUUUGCUUAUGGACUCACUGAGAGGCCCUUCCCGGUCAAAUGUUGUGAAAACACUAAGGGAAUAUUUAGAGGUGGAAUGGGAAGUGAGGAAAGGCAGCAAAAGAAGCUUUUCCAAAGAUGUCAUGAAAGGUUCCAACCCAAAAGUGCCACAGCAGAACAACUUCAGUGAUUGUGGAGUGUACAUCCUCCAGUAUGUGGAGAGCUUUUUUGAGAAUCCCAUUUUGAGUUUUGAGCUACCAAUGAAUUUAACAGACUGGUUUCCACGCCCAAGAAUGAAAACCAAAAGAGAAGAAAUACGACAAAUAAUCCUGACACUCCAGGAACAGCAGAACAAGGACAAGAAGGGACAGAAAGACCCAAAUUCAAUUUUGCAGGAAAAGACAGAACAACUUACCAACAACAACUCAGACUGAAUGUUGUAUCUGUUGCAUGUUAGCUCCACAAUCAAAAGUGAAACCUACAUUACUGUCUGCCCAGACUAAAGAUUUGGCGUGUUCUCUGCUCAAAGUUACUUGGGAAUGUUUAAUGCCUGUAUAAAUGUGUGUCAUAAAAUGGUUUAAUUCCCACAAAGAUGUGUAUUAAGUGAGUCUGUACAUAUGUUAAUGAGGCCAACUUUUUCAGCAUUUGUAAUUACUUUUUUUCCACUUGAUAGGGAGCUUUUGUUAUGUAUUUCUGUUAAUAGAACUUCAAUAGCAACUUCUGAACAUAAAGGAAAUAAAGAAAAUAUAGGAUGAAA